CUCUAUCUAUAGUUAAUGACUGAACUUUAUGUUGACUGACGGUGAUGUCCCAUAGGAAACAAGACGCUAACCAGGAAAUGUGAAAUGCAUUUAUUUCUAAGUGAGCACGAACGUUGUGAAAAUCUUAUUUUACUAGUGUUAGGAUAUCGAAGGUAACGAUGAAUUGGGAAAUUAGCUGUGCCGACAUGUGUCGAGCGUGCAUGAAAGUUGACGGCGUUCUUCUUCCUAUGUACGAUGAUGACACGAUUAGUCAAAAAAAUUUGCCUAAUAAACUUGCAGAGCUUGCAUCGAUAGAGAUUGACAGGUUCGAUGGGUUACCAAAUAUGCUUUGCGCAAAGUGUGCUUAUCGCACAGAUGCAUUUUAUGAUUUCAAGUUGCAAGUUCAAGCUACUGAAAGGAAACUCCGCAAAAUGUUUGAAACACAAAUUCGCUAUAACAUAAAGGAGGAGGCAAUGGGCAAUGAUUUUGAACAAGACUGUUCAGAACAAUCAGACGAAUUGUUAGAAAUUAAACUAUUAGAUAACAAAGAAGAUAUUAAGCCUACCAUUGAUGUGGAUAGUUCGGAAGAAUUUUUGUCCGAGCGAAUUACUAUAAACGACAAAGGAGAGCAAGCGUUAGAGCAAGCGUUCGACGUGUCCGAACUGGUAGAAGAAAAUGGCGAAUUUAACAAGGCUAGCAUAUCUGGAUUAAAAGGUAUUAUCAUUUCGAAGCUGUCAGGAGCAGAGAUCGAUCAAGACAAACGGCUGAAGAACGAGAUACCUGAUGAAAUUUCGAAAAUUUUGGAAUCCCAGCAGCUAGAUUAUACCAUAAUGUAUAUACCGGAAGAUGUUUCUUUAGAGCACGUAGAGCAUGUGAAUACGCAGAAUACGCUUUCUUGCGAUACUGUGAUUAAAUUAGAAGAUAGCAAAAAGAUUACCGAGGCUGACUGUAAUGGGGAGCUCCUACACGAAACUGUGGAUAACGAAGAAUUUUUAGAUGCCGUGUGCAACGAGAAGAUUGUGGAAUCAAGGGGGGAAGAUAAUAAAAUCAGCAACGCUGAGGUGGCUUGGAAACCUACCAUUCCGGAAGAAAAAUCGAUGGAAAGACUAAACGAGAAAAACAUACAAAAACAUUCUCCGGAAUCGAAUCAACAGCCAGAAGAGAGCGACGACUCUGACUCUGAUUAUUUUGUCGACCCGAAAGAUAAUAUAUUAGGUAGCUUGAAUGAUACAAUAACGAGAAUAAAGGAGAUAAAACUCGAAGACGAUGUGAUACAGUAUCAGUGCACUCUAUGUUUGCAAAAUUACGAUAAGCUGACUGGUGUCUUGUUGCAUACUAUAGACAAUCAUGUGCCGAGUAGCGGUCCAUUCUUUUGCGUGGUAUGCGAGAAAGACUGCCAGAGUCAUAGAGAAUUGCGUGCGCAUGUUAAAACGCAUAGAGGCCAGUUCCCUUAUUCCUGUUUCAUAUGCAACAAAGCUUACACGAUGAAGAGGUAUUUAAAGAGACAUAUGGUGUGUCAUACGGAAUUUCAUAGGCAUCGUUGCCCAAAAUGUGGCCUCAGAUUCAAGGUUAAAUCAGAGUUAGAAACUCACAUUACGACACACAUACGCGGUGCGCCUUACUCCUGUAGUCAAUGUCCACGACUCUUCAAUCAUAAAGGUAAUUAUAAGCGGCACUUGAUUACACACUUGGAUCCGCAAGGUCUUCACUUACCCAAGUACCCUUGUAAAGUUUGUGGAAAAAGAUUUCUAAAUAAUCGCACUUUAGAGACACAUAUGCGCGUUCACACAGGUGAAAAACCGUUCAAAUGCGAGAUAUGUGGACGAUCGUUCUCUCAACAAGGAAAUUUGUUGAAUCAUGUAAGAAUCCACUCAAACCCGCGAAGCUACACGUGCGAGGUUUGCGGAAAGCGAUUCAACCAAAGGGCCACUCUGAGAGAUCAUAGUCUUCUACACACUGGGGAAAAACCAUAUGUUUGUAAUGUUUGCGGAAUAGCGUUUACUUUUAGUGCCGCGUUGAGACGCCACAUGUGGACUCAUACUGGUGGAAAACCAUUCGGAUGUGAAAUUUGUAGUGCUCGUUUCGUGGGCAAAUAUGAUUUACGACGACAUAUGAGGAUACACACGGAUAGACCGAGAACGAAACGAAGAAAAAACGUGAUCAAAUCGAACAAUGAACAGGAAGGAGCAAUUAAAGAAGAAGAUGUUACAGUUUCGGAACAUCCUGAUACAGAGACCGUUUUAAUAGAGCAAGUUUUGUUAACGCAAAACGUUACGCAGGUUGUGCAACAAGAGUCUGAGAAGGAAAAUGUCGAUGCUCUUUUUAAUCUUAUACAAUAUGGUUAAUAGAACCUCUUCUUUUUACCAGACUUGGAUCACAUAAGUACUGAUUCUAACUUCUUAAUUUAAUAAUAUUUAUUAAUAUUAAUUUAAUAAUAUUAAUAUUAAGAAUACGCAGUUUUUUGUUUGAUAAUUAAUUAUCAUAAACAUUAAUUGAAAAAUAUCAAAAAGGCAUCUCAAAAUUGGCCAUAAUACGUAAUUUGAAGGUAUGAUACAAAAUUGUUAUUAUAAACUUUAUAUUUGAUGGAAAUACUACGUUACUAUAUUUUCAGAAAAUGUAUAUUUUUGUCAAAUAAAUGUAUAUUGUUAUUAUUUAACGUUAACAAUGAAUAUUCGUGAUUCUAGAAAUUUGUGAUCUUAGAUGUUAGAAAGUAAAAGACAUAUGCUAUCUAUGAUUUUUAUUGAUAAUAUUUUUCUGAUGAAGCUUAUCUUUGAAAAUUUCUUAUUUUCACAAACUCUUCAUCCAUGUAAAUGUAACACAGCAAAAAUAUUUAAACGUUAUAAAUUAUGUACACUUCCAUUUUUAGUUCCAUCUGAAUCAAUAUGGAAAGGUAUUACAGAGAUGUAUUUUAGUUGACUAAGAUGUGUUGAUAUGUAAGUUAGACAGUUAUGUUUAUCCUCUAUUCUCUUAUCAUCAUGCACAUGAGUGUACACAAUAGAUAUAUACAAUAGAUCCACAAUGAUGUGAUCCACAAAAUAUAAUUAUAUAUUUCAACACA